AUGUACACACACGGUCACGCAGCCGUUAACGCCGCACGCGGACACGCCACUACGCCGUCACCACCGCCCGAGCGAGUAAAAGUCAAGAUGGCGACCGAGGGUCAGUCUGAGUACGAGUCGGUCCUCUGUGUCAAACCCGAGGUCAGCGUUUACCGAAUCCCGCCGAGAGCAUCCAACCGGGCCAUCAGGGCUGCCGAUUGGAAGCUGGAUGCUCCCGACUGGACGGGACGCAUGCGUGUGACGGCCCGGGGAAAAGCAGCCUUUGUGAAAUUGGAAGACAAAAUCUCUGGGGAGCUGUUUGCCCAAGCCCCAGUGGAAGAGUACCCUGGCAUCACAGUGGAAACCGUUAGUGACUCAAGCCGUUACUUUGUGCUCCGCAUCCAGGAUGACAACGGCCGCAGUGCGUUCAUAGGCAUCGGGUUCGGGGACCGAGGCGAUGCCUUUGACUUCAACGUUGCUCUCCAGGACCACUUCAAGUGGGUGAAACAGGAAGAUGAGUUUAAGAAGCAGGCGCAGACCCCAGACACCACCCCUAAACUGGACCUGGGCUUCAAAGAAGGACAGACUAUCACUCUCAAUAUAGGGCAAUCAAAAAAGAGGGACAGGUCUCGCCCGCAGAGUUCAGGUGGAUUUGGGCUUCUUCCACCUCCUCCUGGGGGCAAGUUAGCCCCGCCUCCUUCGUCCAGAUCUACUAAUCAUAACACAGAGCCAUCUGCGGGAGGAAGUGACACUGGUUUUUUGCUAGAUCUGGACGCCAGUAACUCAAACUCUGCUGACUGGGAGGCGUCAAACCCCGCCACCGCAGCCAGCUCCGACCUGUGGGGAGACUUUGACUCCGUAUCCCCCAAGUGAGAAGGGGUACUUUAUGUUUUUCUCCUUCUUAUCUCUCUUUCUCUCUCUCUGUAAAGGUAUGCAGCACUUUUGGCAUUUUGUUUCCCCAUUACGGGGUCCUGUUUCUCUCCCUGCCAAGCAGGGUAACCCCCUGUAGUAGUUUGUUCUAUUUUAGUUCAGACCCUCAUGGCUUUUGGUCUGAGCCAGAGAUAAACCCAGACCUCAGUCUUAAUUUAGGCCAACAUGCUCUCCACCCCACUCCAUCUGUAUACUAUCUUUUUUUGUUUCCAUUUUCCAGUUUGAAUUUGGAUUUUGUCCUUUUUUUUUCUUCUUGUCAAUAUUUUGUUUGCCAAUUUGUAUCGUACAGUAUACAUAAAAAAUACAGACAAGGGAGACAUAAUGUGAAACAUCUGAUGGUAACGUCUAAUUAAAUCUGAAUGAGUUUACUGUACAGAGAAUAUUUAUUUUAAUGUAUAUUUUGUCAGUAGUUUGCAAUCAUUGGUGUUGUCCCCUGCGUUCUGUAGCUUAUUCUAUCUCCAAGCCCCGAGCAUUGGGACUGACUAUAUGCACUAACUGUCUACUCUGUCUUUGUAGCUAGUGAUGCAUAAAGUCUACAUUUAACGCCGGGACUAUUUAAAUAGACUCACAGUGCUGUUCAAAAGUUUGGAGUCGACUGUCGUUUUUCUUCUCUCAUUCUGCAGAUGUUCAUACAAAAUAACACCUACUUGUACAGAGGGCACUCUCAAACCUAUAAGCAUGAAUUUAACUGUAACAAACAGGCUUUUUUUCGACAGCUGAUCUCAAACCUUGGAACAGCAGUGCAGGCACGAGGAUUUUACUUGAAAGAAGCUGAUUUACAGAUUAGUUGUGCUCUCUAGCGCUCCCUAGUGGCUCUACAGCAUCAUUUUGAGGGCAGAUAUUAAAUUGAGCUGCAGCUGUCAAAAGUAUUUUUCACUGGGGACAGGUGCUUGGCAGUGUGUGCAUUGUUUUCACUUUAAAGCAUUACAUAAAUACCCGAAAGUAGGAAUGUUUGAUGCAAUGGAUGUGUGCGAAACAAAGCGGCAUCGAUCGCUUUGCCUCGAGGGGAAACGGAAGAUUUAGUCCUUGUUAUUUCAUCUGUACUCAGCCCAGCUGUUACAGCUGCGACUGGUGAGUCAUGAAGGUCACGACCUCUCUCCUCCUCACUGAAUAGGUCUGUGUUUCUGCACCGUCCCGUCUGGGGAGAGCUUCAUCUCCUUAAUCCUUGAUUAGAAGGUGGUCAGGUCGGAGACCUCAAACACAGCAUGUUUUACUGUACAAAAAAGAGUCUGUGAAUGUCAUUGCUGGUAUUUUGAUGCAGACGAACGCAACCUGGGACCAAGCUAGCCUGUGUGACGCCAUGUGGCGAGAUGGAUUAAGUUGCAGUGAUAUCCCAUGUUAUGUUGAUGACGAUGACGAUGGAUAUUGAUUGGAGCACACAUAGAUUGUGUGAGUUUAAAGCUCUAAACAAUGUUUGUUAGUGUUUGUUCACUGUUUGAAUUAAAUGCAUCUCUCCCAAAUGUGACUUGUUAUUCAAACUGUACAUGUGUAUGUAAAUGUAUAUGCAAAGAAAAACUUUCUUUCACUCAGUGACCAUAACUUUAAUUUGUUUUUCU